AUGGUAUCCCAGGAUGCAUUAGGCCUCCUAGAGAGGUUCUGUCGAUCUUCGAGCUCGGAAAUUGAAAUCAACUAUCCGCAGCGCCUAGAUGAGGAUUACACGCUCAAAGGCUCGCGCGAUGCUUGCGCAAGGCUCAGGGCUUAUAUCUGUGAGGAUAAAUCCGGCUUUACCGACGCUCUCCGGAAUGCGCUCAACUUGCAAUCGGCACUUCGUGAAUUCCAUAGGCUGCAACGUAUGCUGUUUCGUGAACCACUUCCCGGUCCCUUCCCAGAGACAGAGCGCAUUGGGCAUCAAAGCAUUGCCGCACCUACGAUGAGCCUUCAGAGUUUGCUAGAUGAGAUAGGAGAAUGUGCGUGGUAUAUUGUGGAACUGCUUGAAUCUACAGACGUGCUUGUUGCCCCAAGUCCACCCUAUCCCGACCAUUGCUGA